AUGACCUCUCGUGGGAAGAACGUAAAGAUUCAAACACUCGCCACGGAGAGUGAGAUCUUUGUAUAUGACAGAAGAUACGUCAGCGAACAAGACAAUGUUGAGCCCCCGAGGUUUCCCUCCCCCCAGCCUCUCGCGCUCGACAACCCACCCGAUACCCUGACGGACCAAAACGACCUACAAGCCUGGAGGAAUCUAUAUCUGGCUAGGAAAACAUGGGCCUGGAGUUUGGCGGAGGGCUGCGAAUCGGCGGACAAGACCACCCAUGAGCACAAUGAGCGAACAGACAUCGUAAAUCGUGCUGCGGGUGUAGCUCUUGAGAACCUCAAAACACAUGUGGGGAGCUUGGAACAUAGGUUUCAGGAAGCGCAAACCUGGGUAAAUGAAAUGGUGAAAGAGCAACGGACGGCCCUUGAAGGAUGGAAGAGAGCUCUUGCUACCCUUGAAAGCGUGCCAGCUCGGAAGGACUUCUCCUUCCUAGGCCGCCCAUCAACACCGAAGAAAGAUGCAGACCGAACAACAGGGGCCCUGGUUGACUACGUGGAUACAGGGGAAGUCAAUAAAGCUGGGCCAGAAGCUUCCGCGGCAUCGUCGCGGUUCAUUCACGAGUUCGAGGAUAUCGAGAAAACUGUCGGAAGCAUUGCUACAGACACUCAACGUCUGCUUGAUGACGUUUCCCCCUCAAGUAACAACAGUGUCGAUGGUCUGCUCCAAGAAGUGGAGACAAUAUCUAGGAAGAUCCAAUCCGACUAUGAGCAUGUUUUGGCGCUGCCGAAUAAUCAAAAGACACUAGCCAAUAUCUCUAGACUCGCCCUUAGCCACACGCAGGAUCUUUUACCAUCGUUAUUGGAAAUUGGAGCUGAAAUCCAAGGGGGUCUAUCAGAAGCCUUUGGACGAUAUAACGCCGCAACCAAAGCCGCCCUGAACCACAUGCGACUGAUAUCCUCUAUUGAAUCACGCUUAGCUGACGUACAAGCCCGAAUUAUUAACCUUAAUUUUCAAAGCGACGCCUUUGAUGUACUUUACUCUGUUUUUCACAUGCCUUUGGUUUACGGGUCUGUUCUGAUCGAGUCUGUAAGGCGCCGUGAGUUCAGUGCUAAGAUGAAAAGUGACUCCUUGACACUAGCAGAGGAAAUGUCAGUGUUCCAGGACGAAGAACAGCGUCGGAGAAAGAAAUGGAUGAAAAACAUGGGAGAUUUCGUUUCUAUCACUGAUGCUACAACGCCGGGAAUCGAAGUUAACUUACGUGGCCAGGAGUAUGAAUGGCCCUUGGUUAAUCGAAAAGAGAUUGAGUCCUAUAUUGAGGAUUUAAAAUUAAAGCCUGGCAUGUCCAGUAUUUGCCAGGAGCUUACGCAACUCUUCAAAGAGCUUGAUGCACCUACACGACUACAACGUCGCAGAGCAAAAGCGUUCAAGCAAGGAAGCAUCUUUGAUUUGAGCCGAAGUUCUCUCUUACUUCAUAGUGAUGAAAUGGUGCGAAGCCUGAGAGAUGAGAAGGUGAAGCUUGAGGAGAAACUUAGAGGCUCAGAGAGCCGAAUUCGGAAGCUGGAAGAUCUCCUACAUCGUCAUAGUCAUAUGAGCCGCCCAUCAAGUGGGAACUUUUCUCUUGAGUUCCCUAGUUCUCCGGCGUCCCCUCACCCAGAUACUCUAUCGAGAAGAUCAUCGGUAUCGUCAAGGCGGAUGUCUUCGAAUCAAACAUCAGAGGAAAAGGCACUCGUGAAUCGUAUCGUUCAUCUUGAGGCUGAGCUUACGGCGGAACGGGAAAUAGUACAACGGCUUCAAAAAGAAGCACAUGUUGAGCGGCAGUCUAAUACAGAUAAAAUGCAAGAAGCUCAGUCUACAAAGAAUGAUCUUAUCGGAAAUCUUGAAGCUCGACAACGCGAGUUCGAUGAUGAACGGCGAUACCUGGAGAGCGAAGUGAAGCGGUUCAAAAUCCGUACCGAAGAGCUCGAAGAGGAACUAGAUAGAAUCACGGACAGUCGUGAGCACGAGAAACAAGAUGCUGAGGAGCGAAUGCAUCAGCUUGAGGCAGAGCUACAAGAGGCCCACACGCAUGCGGAUGAAGCGAAGCAAAAGGCCACCGGCCUUUUUGAGCAGAUACAGUCCCGGAAAGAGGCAGAGGAUGCGUUUCGCUCCCGUAUUGAUGAACUGGAAAAGCAGGGGCUUGAACAAGCACAGAAGGACCAGGAGCUUCUUAGUACUCUACAGGCUGCUUUCAUGAACCUAUCCCCAGGAGGUCCAGCCCCCGACGAGAUUCCCGCCAUCAUCAAGGCAAUUGACAUACUUUCUGAAGGCCUAACUAUUCACACUAAGAAUGCAGAGGAAAAUGCGGCGAAGGCGGCAGCUGAAAACAAAACGCUCACGGAGACACUAGAGAAGAUGGAGUCGGAUGCUGAAGAUUUAAGAAAGCUCUCAGACACGUAUAAAUCGGAGUUGUCCCAAGCCCAAGCUCAGCUUGAGCAAGAAAAAUCGAAAUUCGCGUCUGUGGAGUCUGAACUGAAUGAGGAACGAUCUAAACUGCUUGAUUUGCAAUCCAAGCUCGCUGCCGGUGAAACGGGCUCCGAUGCUCUUCGAGAGCGUGUUUCAGAAGAAGAGCAAAAACUGACCAAAAUGUCUCACCAGUUGGCUGAACUCCAGACGCGAGCGCGCCAAUCUGAGGAGGAAGUUCUUGCAUGGAGAAAGCGAGUCGAAUCUGUAACUGAUUCGGAACAACAGGCCGCAGCUAGGAUUGGGUUAUGCGCUACACGGUCCGAAGAACUCUCAAAACAACUCUUUGGCCAGGUUGAAAAAUUGGAACGCAUGUUGGAGCAACUUGGCUUUACCAUCUUACGGCAAGAUGGUGAGAUCGUUGUCCAGAGAUCUUCUAAGAUCAAUGCCCUCUCUGCUACUGGCGAGACUCUUACCCAGUCAGGUGUGGUGUCAGUUAAACCAGACGCUAGACUUCUCACCUGGAUGCAAUCUGCUAGUGCCGAGGAAGAAAAGAAUAGGUUCACGGCCUUUAUGGAAUCAUUGCAUCAAUUCAACGUUGACAUUUUCGGCGAUGCAGUGGUUAAGCGGGUGAAAGACAUCGAAGUUCUUGCUCGCAAAUGGCAAAAGGAAGCGCGGGGAUACCGAGAUAAAUACCACCGAAUGCAAAGUGAAGCCCAUGAUAAGAUUGCCUAUCGAUCCUUCAAGGAAGGCGAUCUGGCCUUGUUCCUACCAACCCGAAACCAGGCUAUUCGGUCUUGGGCGGCUUUCAAUGUUGGGGCACCGCACUACUUCCUCCGCGAACAGGACGUCCAUAAACUCCAAACACGGGACUGGCUCCUUGCCCGUAUCACCAAGAUCGAAGAGAGAGUGGUAGAUCUAUCGAAGUCAAUAAAUGGAGCUAACCCCGAUCGCCGAUCCAUUGGCGAGGUCAGCGAUGGUGCCUCCAUGGACGACGAAAACCCCUUCGAGUUGUCUGAUGGGCUGCGCUGGUAUCUCCUAGAUGCAACGGAAGAAAAGCCUGGCGCUCCUGCAACGCCAGGACUCGGAAAGAGCACUGUUGCCCCUGCCCACGUCGACGCACGAGGCAGUAUCCGGCUAAAGCGCACUCCAGCCGGGGGCAACGUUACCAAAACCUUAACCAAGAGCCUUGACAGUCGUCGAAAUAGCUCAGCCUCCAACAAAAAAGGGCCCACGCCGCUCACGCACCGAACAAACGAAUCGACAUCGGAACUUGCACGUCCAGUUGAGGCGGACGCUGCUUCUGCUACCUCGCACCCACGAGAUGCAGCCCCUAUCUUCGACGAGGUUCGCCGCGACCUACUCCAGGGUCCGUGA